CAAUCACUGAGCUGUCUGGCUAAUGAAGGCCACCUGGAUCAGGCUUCUCAAAAGAGCCAAAGGAGGACGUCUGAAGAAUUCUGAUAUCUGUGGUUCGGCGGACUCCUACACCAGCCGUCCAUCCGACUCAGAUGUGUCUCUGGAAGAAGACAGGGAAGCAGUGCGGAGAGAGGCAGAGCGACAAGCCCAGGCACAGCUGGAAAAAGCAAAGACCAAGCCUGUUGCCUUUGCCGUUCGGACCAAUGUUGGCUACAGCGCAGCUCACGACGACGAUGUCCCAGUGCCAGGCAUGGCCAUCUCGUUUGAGGCUAAAGAUUUUCUUCACGUUAAAGAAAAAUUUAAUAAUGACUGGUGGAUAGGACGGUUGGUAAAAGAAGGCUGUGAAAUAGGAUUCAUACCAAGCCCAGUCAAACUAGAGAACAUGAGGCUGCAGCAUGAACAAAAGGCAAAACAAGGAAAAUUCUACUCCAG